AUGGCCGCUCCCAAACAAGUUUUCAUUGGAAUUAUCGGUGCCGGAGGUGUCGGCAAAGCCUUCAUCGACCAGCUCCAAUCCCUCGCUGCUCGGAAGCCAUCACCGAAGCUGAACCUCGCAUACAUUGCCACGAGCCGUAAAGCUCUCUUCAACGACGACUACUCUCCCCUUAACAUCGGAAACGUCAUCGAAACACUUGGCUCCUCUACCAAGGCUCCUCUCGCUCUCCCUCAGGUUGUCGAGUACCUGGCUAAGGCCCCCGCCAAGAGCGUUCUUGUCGACAAUACCAGCUCUCAGGAUGUUGCGGAACUUUACCCUCUUGCCCUGAGCCGAGGCAUAAGCAUCGUCACACCUAACAAGAAGGCCUUCUCGGGCUCGUACAAGCUGUGGCAGGACAUCUUCUCAGCUGCCGAGUCCUCUGGAGCCCGUGUUUACCAUGAGUCUUCCGUCGGUGCUGGUCUCCCCGUUAUUUCCACCCUGAAGGACUUGGUCGAGACUGGUGACAAGGUUACCAAGAUUGAGGGUGUCUUCAGCGGCACCAUGUCUUUCCUCUUCAACUCUUUUGCUCCUACCGAGGGCCAGGGCGGCAAGUGGUCUGAGGAGGUCAAGAAGGCCAAGUCCUUGGGCUACACUGAGCCUGACCCCCGAGAUGAUCUCAAUGGUCUUGAUGUCGCCCGUAAGCUGACUAUCCUUGCUCGUCUGGCUGGCAUCCCCGUUGAGUCCCCCACUUCUUUCCCCGUGCAGAGCCUCAUUCCCAAGGAGCUGGAGUCUGUUUCCAGCGGCGACGAGUUCCUUGAGAAGCUCCCUGCCUUUGACUCUCAGAUGGAGGAGACCAAGGCUGCUGCUGAGAAGGCUGGCAAGGUUGUCCGAUUUGUUGGUAGCAUUGAUGCUGCUUCCAAGCAGGUCAAGGUUGGCCUGGAGCAAUUCGACCGCUCGCACCCCAUUGCUGCUCUUAAGGGCAGUGAUAACAUUAUCAGCUUCUACACUGAGAGAUAUGGAAGCAACCCUCUGAUUGUCCAGGGUGCUGGUGCUGGAGGUGAUGUGACCGCCAUGGGAGUGACAGCUGAUCUGAUCAAGGUCCUGUCGCAAAUUGCAUAA